GCGAAUCCGAUGUUGGACAAAAUUGAGCCAUCACCGAAAAUUUUGAUGACACUUAAAUUAAAGUGUUACAGAAAUUGAAUCUUGCACCCAGAUAUGGGUGAGAAGCUGAGAAAUUCCAGUGCACCCCAGCAUCAAUUGUCUUAGCCGGCGUCUUCUUCUGUGGGUCAGUGGAAAACAAUGGCGAACGGUGAACGUUACUAAAUGAUGCAAUCUCCGGACAAGUGAAGUCUUUAAACCGAGCCGCGAAGUGCAUUGAGUUACCAUUUUCCUUCGGAUGUUACCGUUGUUGCGUUUCCUAACACUUCCACCAAGUGCGCGUUCGGGUGGGUUUGAUAAAUUCGGGCAGGUGGGCGACGGCGCAGUCCGCAGAGAAAGGAACUGCGCGCGAUGAUUGUGACCAGUGGCAGCAGCGAACGUGACGGAGACCUUCACCUUAAUCCAUUGACAAUAAGUGCGCGAUUCGCAGCCAUCUGCGGCACCAGCUGCAGCAGAAGAAGUCGCAGUUAGUGUGAGGUUUGCAUCAUCUCCGGCUUCGGCGGUGGCGCCUAUAGUUAGGGGUUUCAAUUUCGGUUAUUACAUUUUGUGUUGUUGUCGGAAAGUGCUCUGAUAGUCAUGGCCGAUAGUCGCGAGCGAAUACGAGGUCCCCCGCGCGAUGGCCGCGAAGGCUUCACCAGUCCACGGCAGGUGCUCAGACGGUUGAUGCUGCUGUCGGAGGGUCGCCAAUACCGCGAAGCAGCCACCGUAGUGGGACGUCUGGGUCCGUCAGUGUUGCGUUCGGUCGUAGCGGAACUGCCGAUGGAUAUCCUGAUCGAGGCGUUGCCUCACAGCACCUACCUGCUGGAGUCGUUUUUCAACCGGUUGAACACGGUGGUGCCCAACCCAAAGCCCGAUGUCCCCAGCGAAGCCAUCAUGUGGCACCUGGUCAAGCUGUUUAGCAAUCCGCAUGAGUCCGGCCUGAAGCAACGUUGCACCAAACUGGCCCAGGCAAUCGGAACCUGGCAGCCAACGCUCCGGGACGCCCUGAUAGCACGCCGAAAGCAACUGGAUCAAGCGAUCGAAGGACUGGGCGUUCAUGGGCUUACCGCUGAUAACAGCGGAUCGCUCAUCUCGCUGCAUGUAGCAUUGAAGAAUGAACUGCAGCGCCACAUCGAGACCUACAAAACGGCAAUCCACAAGCUGGAGGAACUCAGCCCUGUGACGGUGAACCCGGAUCCUGCCCAAUCUUCCCACCAACGCCUGCUGGCCAUCAGCCACGGGGACAUCCAGCAGAGACUGAUCGACAACAAGACCCUACUUACCAUGCUGGACAAACCGGCGCUGAAGCAACUCGCCCUGUUGGUCGAGAACCUAUCACAGCGGGUUCAGAGCGACAAGGAGGCGCUAUUCUGCGUGGGACAAAUCCGGCGAAUCGAUACCUCAGCAAAUACGGAGGAGAGACCUGCAGCUGGCCUGCUGAUGAACUACUCCCGCGGUUGCGAGGCUGUCCUGGGAGUGAUGGGACCCCUAUCGGCUCCAAGCAGCCCCACGAGUAAUGGCUGUGGCAGCGGGAGCGAUGGUUACCACUCCGACUCCGAUACCGAUGAAACUAAUUCCGAACUGGUGCGACAGUAUGGUUUAAUGUACAGCAAGAACCGCAUCGAUACGUUGGAUUCGCUCAACAGUCUGCCGCAGCUGAAGCACGCCCACCAGCUCAAGGCCAAGAUACUGUUUUCGAUCAUUGUGCUGGCAUUUCGCGCCUGUCACGGCCUGAAGGAGCGCAAAGUGCUCGAGGUCCGCCGCACGCUGCACGUGUUGGAUGCGAACGAUGACGCGACGGCUGCCCUGGACCGCGCAGUGCGGCAGAAUCUCAAAGACACCGCGGACCGGUUUCCGAUGGGCGACGUCGAGCGACAGGUUGCCAAUCAGGUGCUGUCAACGCUGCACGAGUAUCCUUGUCUGGAGGCCUGCAUCCCGCUGAUCCACUACAUCAGCGACUGCGUGCGGCUAGCGUGGAAGAUGACCAACCAAGCGGUACCCUACUACCUGGAUACGGAUUUUACGCUGGGGCUGCUCCAACCGGAGAAACACGAACGUUACCCAAUCUCGGAGAAGCGAUCGGACAUCAUCCGUGCCUUCCUGUGGCCAGCUCUGAUUCAGAACGGCCGCUGCGUCUUCAAGGCAGUCGUUGCCACGUAGUAGAGAGGUCGUCUAGAUCCUGUACCAAUCCGGAACCCCAAUCGGUUCAUGGGAAAUAUUUGCUCAACAACGCUUUUCCGCUACGUCUAUAUAGAUUCAUAGUUACAUAAUGCAAACAAGUAUUUUUUCGUUGCAGUCAAAGGACCGCGAUUGACGAAAUCAUCGUACCGUUAAAUAAUACUGAGCCGUUUAGUGCAAGUUCCAAAAAGUAGCGACAUAAGACAACCGACCGAAAUUGAUUUUAACCACUUUUGUUUCAGGCGUUUUCGUAUCUGCUCGGUAAGAUUCUGUACAUAUAGUAAAAUGUUUUAUGUAAUAAAUUUUAAACGUUUUCAACUCA